UAUAUAUUUAGCAGAAAUGGAGUCUUAUGAGGAUGAGAGAGUAUUCUUAGACCAAUCGAUCUCAGACGAUUUGUCUAAAAUCGAAGAACGGAAGAGUUACUUGAUACUAUCUUUACAUAGCAGAACCAGUCAAUCCACAUAUAGGCAUGAGGAGGACACGCCCACAAACAUAAAGAUUACAUCACAUGAAAGACAACGGAUUUACAUCAAUUUAACAUAAUUAUAGUGCGUUGACAGGUACUAGUAUUUAACUAUAAAGUUUAUUGCAAAUUCAUGCCCGUGGGCUAAUUGCAGAUAACAUGGGAGAUUCAGACAAAGUAAAAACAAUUUCCCCACUUCCACUCCCGCAUUCCUUUGACAAUCCCUCUCUCGACCUGAGAAGAAGAAGGAUCUCCCGACUCAAGUCCUGCCGUGAUCUCCAGAAACGCAGAGGGAAGUCGAAGCAGUAUGGAGAAAUCGCUGGACCAGAUUAACCAGAAGUUCCAGACGGAUGAUGACUACAAAGAGGUGGAAGAUCUGGCCGACAGGUUAGAGUCACUGAAAAAGAAGUUUAUGGAGUUUGAUGAAGACAACAGCGGAGAUAUCGAUAUAAUGGAGUUGAAGCGAAUGAUGGAGAAGUUAGGUCAGGCCAAGACUCACCUGGAGUUGAAGAAGAUGAUAGCGGAAGUGGACACCACCAAUGGGGGCGUCAUCACGUACGGGGACUUUCUUAGAAUGAUGCUGGGCAAAAAAUCCUCUGUCCUUAAGCUGAUCUUGAUAUUUGAGGAGAAGAAGCAGGGGAAGGAGAGGCCUAAGGGAACACUGCCAAAACCUGACCUCAGCAGCCUACCCUAGAUCAACAUCAGAAUGCCCGUCCCGUCCCUGGCCGUUUUUAUCAGUAUAUGUUGGAAGAAUGGAGUUAUGGUUUUAGAUUUCUAGUGGGAUAUUUUGGACAUACAAAGUUCUAUCAAUGAAAUAACGAUUCUUAGUUGUAAGGAUAAUACAAGCUGAGUAGAAGCAUAUUUUCCUUGUCUUCUGGUAACACAGAAGGAAUUUUCUGUCGAUCGUCUUAAACCUUGGGGUUAACUUUAACUAUCCGAAUGAAGUGCAGAAUGUGUGUAGACUAAAUCGAGUCCAUGUUUCCAUCUGUGGACUAAUUGUA